UAAAACAGAGGCACACAGAUCAUUCUGAUGGCACACCCUGCUCUUCUCCUAGUUCUCCUCCUCUCUUCCCCAGCCAUUUCUUCUGCCAAGAGAAUUCAGCCGAAGUUCUCGGCCAUCUUCUACUUUGGCGACUCCGUUCUCGAUACCGGAAACAACAAUCGUCUCCCCACGGUGGCUGUAGCAAACCAUGUUCCUUACGGGAGAGACUUCCCAGGGAAGAAGCCGACAGGGAGGUUCUCCAAUGGCCGGCUCGUUCCAGACCUCCUCAACCAGAGGCUGCAACUCAAGGAAUUCUCUCCACCAUACCUGGACUCAAAGCUAUCGAACAACGACAUCAUGACAGGGGUCAACUUUGCAUCUGCGGGUUCAGGGUUCGAUGACCAGACGUCGCAGCUGGCCAAUACUCUGCCAAUGUCAAAGCAGGUGAACCUCUUCAAGGACUACCUCCUCCGGCUCAGGGGCAUCGUUGGAGAUAAGGAAGCUUCCAGGAUCAUUGCCAACUCCCUGAUUUUUAUCAGCUCAGGAACCAAUGAUUUCUCGCAUUACUAUUCUUCGUCAAAGAAGAGGAAGAUGGGCAUUGGUGAAUACCAAGAUACUGUUCUCGAGAUGGCACAAGUUCAUGUCAAGGAACUAUAUGACCUUGGGGGGCGACAAUUCUCUUUGGCAGGCCUCCCCCCGUUUGGUUGCACACCUAUCCAAAUCACAGUGAGCAGAGACCCUGACAGGGCAUGCGUGGAUGAACAAAACUGGGAUGCCCAGGUCUACAACUCUAAACUUCAAGAAUUAAUUCGAGCAUUGCAAGGUUCACUCCAUGGAAGCAAAAUUGUGUACUUAGACGCAUAUAGGGCUCUCAUGGAGAUCCUUGAGGACCCAGCGAAAUAUGGAUUUACAGAAACAACACGAGGAUGCUGCGGGACUGGGCUCAGAGAGGUCGCUCUGCUUUGCAAUGCAUUAACUCCUAUCUGCAAAAAUGUGUCAUCCUAUGUAUUUUAUGAUGCUGUGCACCCAACAGAGAGGGUUUACAUGUUAGUAAAUGAUUACAUAGUGAAAGAUGUUAUUCCACAGUUUUGAUUAAUCAAAUAUCCAAAUAAGGUUUUCUUGUUGUAUCUAUUAAUGCACCGCUCGUUAUCAUACUUUAAAUCCUUAUAUAAGAGCUUCUUCAAUGCCA